UUAGUUUUGCUUGAGUUUUAUAAUAUGUAACAAAUAACUUGUUAAAGUUAGCCAAAGCUAAUAUGGCUGAUCUUAACAUCGAUGCUAUCAUAAAACAGUUAAAUGAAGUUAGAACCACAGGAAAACAGGCUCAACUAUCUGAAUCAAAAAUUAAGCAGUUAUGCAACAUAUCUCGUGAGAUUUUUUUGGAAGAUUCCAAUCUGCUAGAAAUUAAUGCACCUGUUCAUAUUUUUGGUGAUAUACAUGGUCAAUUUGAAGAUUUACUACGACAUUUUGAUCUUGUAGGUACUCCUGAUACUGAACGUUGUCUUUUUCUUGGUGAUUAUGUUGAUAGAGGCAAAUAUUCAAUUGAAACAAUAUGUCUGCUGCUUUGUUAUAAGAUUAAGAACCCAAAGAGCAUAUUUUUACUUCGAGGAAACCAUGAAUGUGCCAGCAUUAACCGGAUAUAUGGUUUUUAUGAUGAGUGCAAACGACGCUAUAAUAUCAAGUUGUGGAAAACCUUUACAGAUUGUUUUAACUGCCUUCCAUUAGCUGCAAUUGUUGAAAAUACUAUUUUUUGUGUCCACGGUGGACUCUCACCAGAUUUAAAUGAUCUUGAUCAGAUUAGACAAAUGGCUCGACCCAUGGAUAUUCCUGAUCAUGGUAUUGCAGCAGAUUUACUUUGGUCUGAUCCAGAUGAGGAUAUUACUGGAUGGGGAGACAACGAUCGUGGAGUUUCAUGGACAUUUGGUGGGGAUAUAGUUCAAACUUUUUUGAAAAAAAAUAAUUUUAGUUUAGUUGCCCGGGCACAUCAGGUUGUUGAGGAUGGCUAUCAGUUUUUCCAAAAGAGAAAGUUGGUCACAUUAUUCAGUGCACCUAACUAUUGUGGUGAAUUUGACAAUGCAGCUGCUGUGAUGUCUGUCUCUGCAGAGCUGCUAUGUUCUUUUUGUAUCACAAAGCCAAAAUCGGUGUUGGAGUUUGAAGAAGAAAUGAAGAAAAUUAAGAAAUAAAUCCUUAAAAUUUUAUGCUAAGAAUUAAUUUAAAUUCGUUUUAAGAAUGUCUUCUAAAAAAAUUGUUAUUCGUUACGACGGUGUUAACUUGCAAUAUUUUUGUUACUAUUUUUCAGUAAAAGAACACUUUAUUUUACCGUCAGAAAUGUAUUAUUUUUUAUUUGUAAAUAAAAUUGUGACAUAAAA